GACUUUUUGUUUCCUGAGGAAGAAUUACGGCUGCAGCGCAUGAGGCUUUUGAGACUAACAGUUAUAUAUAUGGCUGCGUUGUGGUCGACAAUCCCCCCUUACCGGUUGCCCACAUUCUUCCCUGGUAUCGCGGCGCUACCCUGGAAAUCUUCAGCUCCGCGCCUGCAUUUCGUCGCCGGUCACCUACGAUAGGGCUACUGUCUAUCGCGGGUUCGUUUCCCUGGUUGUACGACGCUGACUGGCGCACAAGAACCUCAGCAUGCACAGUCUAGCCAGCAUCUCCGUCAAAUCAUGUCUCUUUCCCCAGUCUAGACGAGUUGCAUCUUACAGCGAAGCAAUAUCCGAUUACAGAUCACAGCGGAGCUCAACCGAAUGUGGUAAGUACUUACAUGCGAGACUGAUGUCGCACAUCUCAGCCGAGAAGAGUAGAAUACAGCUACUGCUGUAUCUCCGUAUAUAUGUUCCGAACAUCGUGCUGACACUGCUUGUCUCGUUCCUCUGUUUUCUUGCAAGAAGUUUGGUAGCUAACAUGGCCGGCCACUCCUCUGCCCUGACCAUGGUCCAGACAAUGCUCCCUCCUGCGCCCUUUGCCGUUGGCAUCGUCGCAAUUCUUUGCGUUCUCUUCCUGGCAUAUCAGUGGGCUCUUCCCAAACCUAUUGCAGGGAUACCAUACAAUGCGUCUGCCACCAAGUCACUAUUCGGAGACAUCCCCAGCAUCGUAUCUUACAUGUCAAAGACAGGUCGCCUCUGGCCAUGGAUCAUGCAGCAGAACAUCAACCACCAGUCUCCUAUCGUACAGGUCUUCGCUCGUCUUUUUGCUGCACCAUGGGUUCUCAUCAGCGACUAUCGCGAGAGCCAGGACAUUCUCCUACGUCGAACCCAGGAGUUCGAUCGCUCCACCUUCGUUAUCGAUGCCAUGGUGGGUCUCGUACCUGAUUUCAGAAUCACCAUGCACUCUACCGAUCCGCGCUUCAAGACGUGUCGAAAUCUGCUCAAAGACCUAAUGACACCGGGAUUUCUGAAUGAGGUCGAGGCCCCACAGAUACACGCCAACGUCGAGACCUUGGUCAAACUGUGGGAUCUCAAAACUCAGCUAGCUCAGGGUCACCCUUUUCAUGCGGCUCCAGACAUCUACAACGUUACCUUGGACUCAGUCUUUGCUGCAACCUUUGGACUUGAGGCUAAGAACAGCGCGACCACUUCGCAAUUGGAGCACCUCCUGUCGUACACAUCAACCAACGAGGUGAGACUGCCACAGACGGCAGAUAUGCCUGUCGAUAUCCCCAGGACCCACCGUCCGGCAACCUUUGAGGCCAUCACCACGCUCACGGAGUCUAUGGAAAUCUCCAUCAAGGCACCCCUUCCCAGAUUAGCGCACUGGUGUCUCCGACAGCUGCCAUAUAUGCGAGAGGCACGAGCCAUCAAGGAACGCCUGAUACACGAUGAGGUCGAGAAAGGGGUUCGGCGACUGUCUUCUGGUGACCACAUCAGGCGCUCCGCGUUGGACGACAUCCUGCACCGCGAAGUCGCAAUUUCCGAGAAGGAGGGAAAGCAGCCUGCAUACCACUCCCGGGUGAUAUAUGACGAGCUCUUUGGCUUUAUCGUCGGUGGGCAUGAUACCACCUCCACGACGCUGUCAUGGGCCUUGAAACACCUGGCUGUUAAUCAGAACGCUCAAUCGACCCUUCGCUCUCACCUACGCAAUGCCUACGAAGCGGCAGCAAAAGAGCAUCGCAAUCCGACUGCCCAUGAAAUAACCUCGGUUCGGAUCCCUUAUCUAGAUGCCACGAUCGAGGAGGUGGUCCGUACUGCAUGCAUCUUCCCGGGCGUCGUGCGCAUCGCAACCGUUGACACCACUGUCCUAGGCCAUGUUAUCCCUAAAGGCACGAACCUAUUCUUGCUACAGAUGGGCCCCGGCUACUUCUUACCCCCGUUUCCGAUAGCGGACUCGCAACGCCACGAAAGCAGCUUGAAGGCCCAAUACCAGGUCGGAGCCUGGACGCCAGAUGCAGACGACAUGAAGAAGUUCCGCCCCGAGCGCUGGCUCGUCACUGACGCAGAUGGCAAUGAGGCCUUCGACUCCCAAGCUGGUCCGCAUUUGGCCUUCGGGCUGGGACCUCGUGGUUGCUUCGGCCGACGGCUGGGAUAUCUACAGAUGCGCAUCAUUCUCGUGCUGAUGAUCUGGAAUUUCGAAUUGCUGCCUCUUCCGGCGGAGCUGAAUUUGUUCGACGCCAUCGAUACAUUGGCCACAUCUCCUAAGCAGUGCUAUGUCAGACUAGCAAAGGCGAAGUUCUGAAGGGAGGUCCUCUGGAGUCGUACUGCGGUUAGCCCUUAGCUCGUAUCACGUUCGUUGCUACCUGGGAAUGCUGGCGUUCAGAAUGUGCAUGUCUAGUAGCUGAUAGCGGCUUUCCAUCUUUUACCGUUACUCCUUAUUCACGACCAACAGAGGUGCUUUCACUUAGCAGAGCCAUAGAAGCCACCUGGGGCUAGCAUUGUGAUGAUAUCGAGAAGGGUGUUCUGGGAAAGCAGCGCGCAGAGUAUCUCGUUAAGCUGCGGCAGGUACAGCGG